AUGCCUAGGCUUCCAUCCUUCCGGCAAUUGAAUGAAACAUUAAAGGAAACAGAGUUUGUUUCACCAGCACAGAGGGUUGUACAAUAUUCGUCGUCAGCUAGGAACUUGGCAACAAAUGAUGAGAGUCAGGCAACCCCACAGAAUAAAUUAACAAACACGCCACCAAGUGGACGUCUGCUCACUAAAGGUCAAGAGUACAUGUACGGAGCUCCCUUGUAUGGGAGACACGAUAGCUAUCCUAAUCAGUACUAUAUAUCCAAGAAUGAGACAAGUUUGCCAUCAUAUUCGACUUCACCAUCAUCGAUCGAGAGCUUGGAUAUGUCAAAGGUGGACCAAGACCUCUCCAACCAGCAUAAAGAAGUCGACUACCAGUUUGUGUCCGAGUUGCUCAAGUUUUUGCUUGAUUUUGAACUGAAGUGCAAAGAAAUGAGUGUUUUGCUGUACUACACGUAUGGGAAUACGGAUCGCACCUUUGAAAAUAUCGUGCAACGGAUGAAGUAUAAUGAUGUAGAUCAAGUGUUGAACAAUCUUCGAAAAGUUUCCGACUUAUUAGAGAGCAUAAAGCGACAUAAACAUAAGAAGCAGCAUUUCAUGGGACCGAAAGUUGCAAGAGCUCUGGAUGUGGACAGUGGCAAUAGUUUGAAAAGACAUUUGAGUCAGCACGUGUUGACAAGCAUGGAAUCCAAAAAAAGUCGAAGAAAGAGCAUGAAGUUGGAACACCAUUUGACUGGAUGUGAUUUGUUGCAACAUAAUGCUGGCGUUGUUCCAAACGAUGCAUGUUUGUACUUUGAGAGUAAGAACAACCUUAACGCAGCUAGGAUUGACUCUGACGCUACUCAUAAACCAGAGAUCAUUUGCCAACAUUGUCGGUCAAAGGAAACCCCCGAAUGGCGAAGAGGUCCAGAAGGUAGCCGAACGUUGUGUAAUGCAUGCGGUUUAUUCUAUUCCAAAUUGAUCAAAAAGUAUGGUUUACAUGAAGCAGAUAGGAUCAUGCUUGAGCGGAAACAAACAGGGUCAGUUAAUGAUAGAAGAAUCUUUUAG